AUGAACUCCAGCCACAGCUUCAGCCAGACCCCCUUGGCCUCCCUCCAUGGCACCAGAGGCGGCUGGGGCCGGCUAGGGAGCUUUCCACGGGCUCCCAGCGUCCACGGGGGUGCAGGGGGCGUCCGCGUCUCCCUUUCCUUUACCACACCAAGCUGCCUGCCCCCUGGAAGGUCUUGGGGGUCUGGAAGAGGCGGUUCCCUCCUAGGCGGAAAUGGGAAGGAGACCAUGCGGAACCUCAAUGACCGUCUGGCCUCCUACCUGGACAAGGUGCGUGCCCUAGAGGAGGCCAACAUGACACUCGAAAGUCAAAUCCUUCAGUGGCACCAGCAGAGAAACCCUGGCAGUAAGAAGGAUGACUCCCAAUAUGAGGAAAACAUCAGCCACCUGCAGGAGCAGAUAAUGGAUGGUAAGCUGACCAAUGCUCAGAUCACCCUCCUCAUCGACAAUGCCAGGAUGGCAGUGGAUGACUUCAGCCUCAAGUAUGAAAAUGAACAGUCCCUUAAGAAAGACUUGGAAAUUGAAGUCGAGGGCCUCCGAAAGACCUUGGACAACCUGACCAUUGUCACAACGGACCUGGAACAGGAGGUAGAGGGAAUGAGGAAAGAGCUCAUCCUCAUGAAGAAACACCAUGAGCAGGAAAUAGAAGAGCAGCAUGAGCCAAAUGACUUCAAGGUCAAUGUGAAGGUGGAUACAACUCCAGGAGAAGAUUUGAUUAAGGUCCUGGAGGAUAUGAGGCAGAAAUAUGAGUUUAUAGUAAGGAAGAAGCAUCAAGACUUGGACACUUGGUAUAAAGAGCAGUCAGUGGCCAUGUCCCAGGAGGCAGCCAGUCCAGUGGCUGUGCAGAGCAGCCAAAGUGACAUCCAUGGGCUGAAGCGCACUUUCCAGGCCUUGGAGAUUGACCUGCAGACACAACACAACAGGAAAUCUGCUUUGGAAAACAUGUUGUCAGAGACCCAGUCCCGAUAUUCCUGCCAGCUCCAGGACAUGCAACAGAUCAUCUCCCAUUAUGAGGAGGAAUUGAUACAGCUGCGCUGUGACCUGGAGCGUCAGAACAAUGAAUACAAGGUGCUCCUGGGCAUCAAAACCCACCUGGAGAAAGAAAUCACCACCUACCGCCAGCUCCUAGAGGGGGAGAGCCCAAGGACAAUGGAAGAAUCUAAGUCAAGCAUGAAAGUGACCUCUCUGUGCUUUCUCUCUGCAUCUGCAGCUCCGAAGAUCAAGGCCAUCACACAGGAGAGCGUCAACGGAAGAAUAGUUCUUUCUCAAGUGACUGAGAUCCAAAAGCAUGCAUGAGGCCAAUAAAAGUUUCUGCCUGUGUUAAAAACUAUUUUUCUCCAGUGGAAAGUCCUUGCCCAGACACUCAUGGGUGAGCUCUAAGAGGUAUCCUUGGAGUUAUCAAACUGAGAAACUUUGGGGGUUUUCUUCUCUGUAACAAUCUCACCAGACUUCCCAUAAUGGUCUUAAUAAAUAUACUGCUGCACUUU